ACUCAGGAGGGGCCCUGCGAUAUGGACUGUGAUCAAGACUCAGGACGCAGCACAAACACUUGCCACACCUUCACACACGGCCUGCUCUGCUCUCCAACGGUCCAGGAUGCCUUGUGGCAGUGUGUUGUCCUUCCUCAAGAGCCUGUCCAGACGGAAGCCUCUGGAGCCGGACGGUGAACAGUCUGACUUUAAGCGAUGUUUGACCACGUUGGACCUGGUAGCCCUGGGAGUGGGCAGUACGCUCGGAGCUGGUGUCUAUGUGUUGUCGGGUGAAGUGGCCCGAACUGUGGCCGGCCCCAGCAUCAUCAUUUCCUUCUUCAUCGCGGCCGUGGCCUCCGUCUUCGCAGGGCUGUGUUAUGCAGAAUUUGGUGCCCGUGUCCCCAAAACAGGCUCGGCGUAUCUCUAUAGCUACGUCACUGUUGGGGAAAUAUGGGCUUUCAUAACGGGGUGGAACCUCCUGCUCUCCUACAUCAUAGGUACUUCCAGUGUCGCCAGAGCCUGGAGUGGAACAUUUGAUGACCUAAUUGGAAAUGCUAUUGCUAAUUACUUGAGGGAGAAUGCAGCCAUGAACUUACCUGGACUCGCCCCUUACCCAGACUUCUUUGCGGCCGCCCUUAUUAUGAUUUUAGCAGGUAUCCUUGCUUUUGGAGUGAAGGAGUCAGCAAUCGUCAACAAGAUCUUCACUGCAAUAAACAUAUUGGUGUUGUUGUUUGUCAUCAUCUCUGGAUUCAUCAAUGGUGAUAUUGGAAACUGGCAGCUGACUGAAGAGGACAUCAUCAAUGCUUCAAUACCCAUAAAUGGCUCAGCUAUAAACAUCACUGAUCUAGGAAACUACGGAGCUGGAGGAUUUUUCCCGUUUGGAUUUGACGGAACAUUAGCAGGAGCCGCCACCUGCUUCUAUGCAUUUGUGGGAUUUGACUGCAUUGCUACCACAGGUGAGGAGGUUCAGAACCCCCAGAAGUCCAUCCCUGUGGGUAUCGUGGCAUCUCUCCUUAUUUGCUUCCUGGCUUACUUUGGCGUGUCGGCCGCUCUCACUCUUAUGAUGCCGUACUACCAGUUGAGCGUACAAAGCCCUCUCCCAGUGGCCUUCACUUACGUGGGCUGGGACCCGGCAAAGUACGUCGUUGCUGUAGGAUCUCUGUGUGCCCUUUCCACAAGUCUGUUGGGCUCGAUGUUCCCUAUGCCCCGUGUCCUGUUUGCCAUGGCCAGAGAUGGACUGCUGUUCAAACCACUGAGUAACAUCAGCUCCAGACAAAGUCCCGUAAUAGCAACUCUCGCUUCGGGAGUGGUGGCAGCCAUUAUGGCCCUCGUGUUUGACCUGAAGGCCCUGGUGGACAUGAUGUCCAUUGGCACUUUGUUUGCCUACACUCUGGUAGCCAUCUGUAUCCUCAUCCUCAGAUACCAAACAGAUUCCAAUGAGAUGAAUGACAAGCAGAAGUGGAAUCUUCUACGACCACCUUCUUCACCCACUCCGUCAAGCUCAAAGGUUGUGUCCUACCUGACCAUCUUCACAAUCGUGCUGGCAGUGGUUCUGAGUGUAAUUCUGACCAAGGGAAUCGAUUUAGUGAAGGAGUGGUGGAUGAUUCUUAUUAUCACUCUGGCUCUGCUAUUCUUGCUAACCACUGUCAUCAUCAUCUGGAGGCAGCCACAGAGCAGCGUCAAAGCUGCCUUCAUGGUUCCUUUUCUGCCAGUGCUUCCAGUUCUUAGCACUUUUGUCAAUGUCUAUCUCAUGGUCCAACUGGGAGAAGAUACAUGGAUCCGCUACGCAGUUUGGAUGGCAAUAGGCUUACUGAUCUAUUUUGCCUAUGGAGUGUGGCACAGUGUCCAGAAGAAACGAGAACAAACACCUCACAGUGUCCAAGUUGAAAUUGUCAAUGCUCAACUAGAGAAGGCCAACAAAGACGGCUCAUACCCAUGUCUGCCUCAAACCAAGUUGUAACCAGCGGCGCGGCUAACAGUCUCAGACUCUGCCUUAAUAGCUUGAUCUGAAAUGAAAACCUAAAAAUUCAUAUUGGAUCAGCAUCUGUGCAUUUCUGAGAGUCUGUAUUCUGAACACUUGCAAGGUUUCCCAGAUUUUUUUCAGAAUGCUAUCUAGUCCAGGGCUGGGCUUAUUCUCUUUUUCCGGGAAACACCCUUAAUGGCCUCUUUUCCGCUGUCAAGCCAAAUGGUUCUCGGGGCUGUACUAGCCAUAACGUGCUGGUCUGGACUCGUGAGACUGGUUCUGGUUUCUUUUUUCCAUCUGCUGUUCCACUAAAUCAGAACCAGGAAAUACUGAAGAAAAUUGCACAAAUUAGUUGCUAAGUGCUAACAGGCUAAGAGCUACCCACAUAAAUAUUUUACAAGCAUUCCAUCUGUCACUCCAACACCAGUCUCUCAUGUGCUCUCAUCUUCUUUAUCAUUUAAACAGGUGGUAUUUAAGCAUCUGUUACUGAAACAGCCUGUACUGUGGUGGGCUUCAUCUGUAACGUUAGCUGGCGUACUACACGAGCACUGGCGUCGCCCAAUAGGAUACAGCUCAAAGCACCACAGGGCAAUUAUAAUUUUUAUCCUUCUGUCACUUCAACUGCAGACAUCUGAAUUUGUGAUUUCAGAUGCAAGUUUUGUUCAUGGGUUUCCUAGAGCGAGUACUGCUUUAGGGGGGCACAGUACACUUACAUUAGCUUAGCCAUGCCAGCUAAAGCUUAAAGCACUACAGAACAUGUCCGAUUUUGGCUUUCUUUCACUCCCCUGCCGAUCAGUCGGGUCACUGUCAGAGGUUUUUAUCACCUACACUUGUGAUAGCAGAGCAGUUAGUCAAAACAAACUUGCACUAGGGGGUUUGGAUCCAUUUAGCUAAAUUAGCUAGGAGAGAGGAGCCAGCUAGCUUUAGCUUAUCCAAGAGGCUCUGGCUCCGGAUACCAGAGAACAGGCUUAAUUUCGGCUUCCUGUUCCUCUAACAUGAGCCGUUCAAUUUCGCUUCCUCAGAUUUGAGCCAUUAACAUCUAGCUUAACAUGUGUCAAUGAAGCUAUUGCUUGUCAGAAUCAAACCUUUUCUGUUGUGAGCACAUCUAGCGGCCCACUAGCUAAGCUAACACUAACCAGCUACUCUCUCCUGGUUAGCAGCACCAUUUAACAUUUAGAAAUGGACAUUUAUUGAAUAGUGAAUUUAAAAUAGUACAAUGCUUUCCAUCUGAGUGAACUGAAUAUGUUUGUUUUCAAGUUUGAAAUUAUCCAGCAGGGUGUUGUGGCACAAUGUUUAAGCAUUCGGUGUUGAACUAUGUCCAUGUGGAACUGCCACUGGAACGGUUAUCCUCCAUGCUCAGAACCAUUUGGCCCUGCUGUGGAAAAGAGGCCUUUGUAAGUUAGUAAAGUAAAAGGCUUUCAUUAGUAUACAGUUGUAUGUAAAAGCUUGCACACCUGUGGUCACGACGUCUUGUUGUUGAUUUUCUAAGUGAAAGGAAGUUAACACAUCCUCUACAGAGAAUACACAUUUUAAAGCACAAUUGCUGUUUAUUUGCUGAAUUUUACAUACUGGGGAGAAAAAAAGAAAUAUGGCCUGCACAAAAAUUAUGGCACUAUUUAUAAUUUAUGUGUUAUCGUCUCAGCAAUUAAAUAUUAAAUUGAAACUGUGCGUUAAAAUGUGCAGAAGUGUAUUCUCUGUAAAGUAUUGUAUCUUCACUUAUUUACACUCAGAAAAUCAACAACAGCAUGUCAUUUGACCAGGUGUGUUCAAACUUUUGCACAAGACUGUAUGAAUUUUAUACUAUAUAUUAAUAUAUUUAUAUUUUAGCAAUGGUUAAAGUAUUUACGUUGGCAGUGAUGUGAUCUCAAUGUGUUUCUCUCAAUGUGUAUCUCCGCCAUGUUUCUUUGUAUGGUUGUCACUAAAAAGUAUUUUGGUUACAUAACUUAUCGUUUUCAAAGUCAGACUUAAGAGUAUUGCUUCAAGGGUAAAUAUUGCCCAUCGUUUGAUCCUCUGUUAUGCCAUGGAAAACUAAACUUAUCAUUUUUAAAAGGGGAAGAUUAUAUAAGCAACUUGCAUUUUUUGCAGUUGUGCCAGGCACAGAUGUUUUAUUUUAUUUAUCAUUUUUUAGAAUCAUAAUAAAGCUUGAACAUAUAUUCCUGUGAUUAAUUGUGGUUACAUAAUGUUUUAACAUAAUUUAAAGCAUUCCCUGCCCAUAUAACAACAACAUUCAUUCAUUUUUUUUCCUUCAAGGUUAAAGGAAUGGUUUGGUGAAAAAUCACAAUCAUAAUUGUCCACUUUCCCCGGGUGUAGUGACUUACUUUUUACUCUGACUUACUUUUCACUGCUUUAGCUUUAGCUAUAGCUGCUUUUCUCGCAUCUCUAGCAGGAAACGCUUCUUGUGAAAUGUCUCUCAAUGUUUUCAAUGUUUUAUUUUUAUGUUGCUGGCCUCAGGCCUAGGGGAAUCUCGGCCGUGCACAAUAUGAUAUCAUAACAGCGAAUGGCUGUAUGAUGGCAAGAAGUGGUCUCUCUCUCUCUCUCUCUCUCUCUCUCUCUCUCUUUUUCUCUAAAAUGACCAGGAAAACCAACACAGAUGUGUCAUCAGCCUGUGGUGCAAGGUUUAUUCUCAACCUUUUACCAACGCAGCCCGUUUUCCUGUCGGUUUGACCCAAGAGCACCCUCUACUGGGUGAAAUAAAGAAAACUCCUUUGUCUUAAAAGACUAAA